GCGAUACAGCAGCAGCAGCAAGCGCGUUUAUCUCCGACUCGGAGGUAGCUCUCUCGCCUGCCUGGCCGCUGGCUGGAGCCCGGCUGCUAGCAGCGCCCGCCCUCAGCCCAGCCGCCAGGGGGAGCUAGACCGGGGGAGCUAGUCUGGGAUUAUGCAGAAGAACAAAUUCAACUUCGUGGCUGAACUCCAGAUCUGGAAGGAUCAUGUUGAAACUGAAAACAUAGCUGCAAGGAGAUGGCCCCAUCGGUGGGGGUUUCUGUUAACACCAGUGGAAGAGUUGUUAAAAGAUGAAAAGAAGCCUCCUGCCAAGCCGAAGAUCCCACUUCCACAACACUUACAAAUCCGACCUGUGACACCGGUGGAAACAUAUAUUAAGAUUCACCCAUCUCCUCCUGUCCCUCAGACGACACAAGGCUUCAUAGGCUGGAGAUCCACGGUUCCGGGUCUGGGACUUGAGCGUUACUCUAAGAUCAUAAGCACCAAAGGUGCCUUUUACAAGGAUGUGCAGUGGCCAAAUGAACCUACUGACUGACUUUAUCUAGCUCUGUCAGCUUCCCUCACUUUUAUUUCCACCAGCUUUUCAGAGGUUCCUAUUGGGUAGGAGAACAUAUGUAUUAAGAAUGUGUUUGUCUACCAUUUCAGCAGUACUUUUAAGUGAAGGUUAACGAUGAGGUUAUGCAUGACUUACGGGUGUUUUAUUAAAACCAGCAGUAUACAACAGGCAAGUGCUCUUUGGGGUGUUUUUUUUUUUUUUUUGUAACCCAAGUGGAAGAAGAAGAAGAAGAAGAAGAAGAAGAAGAAGAAGAAGAAGAAGAAGAAGAAGAAGAAGAAGAAGAAGAAGAAGAAGAAGAAGAAGAAGAAGAAGAAUCUAGUAGCUCAAAAGAGUGUUUAAUAGAAUUGACUGUCCUCCUCUGAGAACAAAUAGCAAUUCCUGGCUCAGCCAUCCUGUUUAUUCAGAAUUCAACCUGAUUUCCUUGCACAAAACUUACACGGUGGUUCAACCUUUAGGUCCUUAUUGAGCCCCUGAUUCAAUUUGAUUGCAGGGAGGCUGCAAGCUUUUUAGCACUAAAUCGGAGCACAUGUCAAUCCAGAGAAAACCCAAUUGACGUUUGCUCCCAUUCAGCGGUAAACAGCGGGUUUUCCCAGUGGAAAGAGGGGUAAGUGGAUGAGCCCCUAAAUUUGUGGUAUACACUCAAAUUGCUCCUGCAAAAUACUGUAGCAAGGCAGAAGUAGAGCAGGGUGGCAGAAGGAGCCUUACCCCUCUUCCGUUCAGCUAGCUCACGUGACGUACAGUAGCACACACAGAAACUGAGCCAUGCAUCUCACCGAGCAAGUUAUAAAUUGUUUCUGCAGCACCUUCUCAAUAGUCCCAUGGUUCUUUGCGGUUGUUAUUAUUGCAUUAUCAGCCCAGCAGAAAAUCCCCUGCAUGGUGGCGGCAGCACCAGGGUCAGUCGCUGGUGACUUUUGCCUUCUAUAAAAGUUGCAGCGAGCCAUUUCCCUCUUCCUGCCUGCAAACGCUUUAUUUGAAUAUCUUGUUCCGCGCCCCUCAAAAACAAACUGACCUUCUCAACAUUCUUUCCGAAUAACUGAGAAAUGAUUCAGAGCCUUUGGAAAGAACCCUCAAAGAAUGAAAACACUCGCAGAAAACAUCCUUCCCCCCAGAGCUAAACAUUACUUCAGGAAAAAUGGGAAUAAUAUGUUAACAAUCAGACAUGAUCCUGUAUUUAUUGGAUGCAGCGAAGAUUUUUUGUGGUAGAACUUUGGAAGGCUACCCGUGUUCCCGAAGUUACAUUUUGGUCGAAAACAUUUUCGCGAGUUGGAAGUAACCCUCUCUCUGCCUCCCAAUGCUAACACCAUGUAGCUAGUAACACAAUUUCUGCAGUAAGACAGCAUCAUACAACUAACCUAUGAGCACUCAUUCUGCAUUCGUGGGGGCACACGCAGCCCCCCAGAUUGAGACAAACCUCUCCGGGCAUCUUCCUGAUGAAGCGCAGCCUGGGACGUUCACAAAUCAGUCCCGGGGCGCACCAGUGACACAUAUCAAAAGGCGUGCACGCUCAACCAGCAGAGUAUAGCAGAAACGAUCGUGGAGCGUGAGUGUGUGCAUUCUAAGUGUUUAUUAAGCAAUAUAUACAGGACAAAGCAAUCGUGGCAUCCUCUCCCUUCUUCUCCAAGAGAGAGAGAGAGAGAAGUACAAAAGUACAGUGCAGCGGAAGAGGGCGAAGA